CCCUCCCUCCCUCUCUUGUAUACUAUUAGCAGCUGCAGCCUAAUAAGCUCAAGCUCGCUGGAGCUGUUUCUCAAGAUACAGGGUUACAGGAGAAGAGAGGAUCAUCAUCAUCAUCAUCAUCAUCAUGGCACUCAACGGGUCAGAGCAGUCUGAGAGAGUUGACGUGAAACUGAAGAUAUUGCAAAAAUCGCAAGAAAACCUCUCGUUAUGGCUAGACCAGUGCGAGGAGUCCGUGGGUAUGCAUAUACCUCUUGAAGAUUUCAUGGAAGCUGAUCCCAACCAUUUGACACAACUUGCCCUCCAUUAUAAGGAUCUAUUGCUCAAGCUUAAAGAGCGUUACAGUGUACUACAGGAGAUGAAAGGUUUGUUGAAAGAGGUAACAGAAGAAAACAGCAAAUCAAACCAAUCAUCAAAUAGACUUCAUUCCCUUGAAAUAUCCAAACUCACAAAGCAAGUGACAACAAUGCACACCAAAUGGUCUUCAGUGUGUCAGCAAGUGAAGCAGCUCUAUUCUAAGCUUUCCAUUGCUCUUGCUAGUGUCAGUGGUAGGUCCCCAUCUCCUGUUAGUCCUACCAGUAAAGUUAAUGGAGAGACUUUGUCUGGUUCCAACAAUCACGGAAAGUUAGAUGGUAUUAUUGCUAAGGCUUCAAAUGAGAGUCUAUCCUCUGGUCCUCCAAGUCGGUAUAAUUCCUCACCACAUGUUCCUCAAUCUCAUCUUAGUUCGUCACCUCCACCGUAUGCAAAUUCAAACUUUUCCUUACAACCUCCACGGUCUCCUUCUCGUCCAUCGUCUGUCCCUCGUCCAUCCUCUGCCCCUCGUCCAUCGUCCUCCCCUCGUCCAUUGUAUUCCCCUUGUCCACCUUAUUCCCCUCGUCCACCUUAUUCCCCUCGUCCACCGUAUUCCCCUCAUCCACCGUCCUCCCCUCGUCCACCAUCCUCCCCUCGUCCACCGUCCUCCCCUCGUCCACCGUCCUCCCCUCGUCCACCGUCCUCCCCUCGUAUUUCUUCCAGUCCAAAGAGGAACAUAAACGAGUCGCUAGAUGAUUUAUUAGAUGCACUCAAGCAAGAAGCAGAUAGACAAAAUUCUUCACAAACGAAGACCCCUCAGUCUAAUAUGGGCAUGUCUUGGCCUGGUGUGUCAACUCCGCCCCCUCCACCUAAACCAGCUCGCUCAAAAAGUCAACCCCAAUCACAACAAUCCCAGAGGUACUCUAAUAGUUUUGAGAAGGCCCCGCCCUGUCGCUUGGCAAUUAAAUUGGAAGAAAUGAGUUCACAAAUUGACAGAGUCGAGAAAUCCAUUGUAAGAGGCGUGGCUUGUGAGUUGGACUCUAGCAAAAUUGAGAAACGUCUUAAAGAAAUGAGAGGUAGCCUAACAUUACUGGAUCUACAAUCAGAGGAGUUGAAUCAGUUAUGCAAAGAGGCUGGCUCCAUUCCUUCCUCUCCCUCUCCCACUAGGCCCAGUAAAGUGGCCAGUGUUGCUUCUUCUUACACGCUCCUCGAGUUAGCUUGCUGCAAGGCCUUGCUCUCCAGACUCUCUCUCACUGUCACUGAGCUACAGUCUGUCUGCAAUGAUCAGAUACGGAAUAUGGAAGUAGUGCUGGAGCUGGUGGAAGAGUUUGAAGAUAAGGCCAGUGACUGUUUGAUGUGUCUUACUGCUUAUGAGAAUGCUGUGUCUGACCUGAGGAACUCUUCUUUGGAGGGAAACUCACAGCUAUGGGCAGCUGCUGCUAAGACUCAAGAGUGUUUAUCAAAAGUUCACGAAAGCAUAAAAUCUACUCAGUCAUUGUCCCAGCAGCUCAAGGUUCUCGAGCCUCAUUUUAAUGGAACUCCGAUCCAUCGUAACGUCCAAGACAUGGAGACACGGUUACGGAGCAUUAGAUCAGAGGGAGACGGAAUCAUAAUAGGAGCAAUUGGACACAGGGAGGCUUACACAAGGGAGAUCCUAGCAAUAAUGAGCAGCUGGUUGAGUAGAAGUGAAGAAGAGAUCAAGAGAUUAAGGAGAGAGAGGAAAGGAGUCACCACUGAGUUUAAAAAGUCCAAGGCCCAGGAAGCCAGUGAUCAUGUUUCUAGUCUAGUAGAGAUUACGGAGCAGCUGGAGUGCAUACUAAACCUCAGUACACAUACUCUGCCUCACAUUCCACAGCUGGAGUCAAUCAGAGAGAACAAGAAAGAAAUAGCUAAGAAGAAGGAGAAGCUGGCAGCCAUAACAAGUGAUAUUGAUAGGCUCCCUCUGAAAGAGGAGCCUCCUCUGGAGUUAGGACAGAAAGGAGGAGGAAUAAAGCCUCACGACGGAUCAAAACUAGCUCCAUCAGCAGGAGGACCCCAAAGACAAACUCUAGCUCAACAAAACAAGCCAAUGUACAUAGAAGUGGAGACAAAGCCAACCACAACUUAUCAUCCCUCAACUAAUCCUAGUUCAGAGUAUUCUGAAAUACUGGUCAGGCCAAGGAAGAACAUGACAGAGUCUCCAUACCACCAUCACCACAUACCUCACCCUCCAGGCCACUCUCCUUCCUCUCCCCCUCCUCCUCCUCUACCUCAGCUAACUAGAUCCAUUCAUUUGCCAUCUGCUGAGACUCAGCUUCCCUCGGCCUCGCCUAAUUCCCCUCCACCUGCUCCUGGAGAGUAUCCACCUGGUAAGUCUCCUUUGAAAUCUCCAGUCAAACCCAGUGGACUAAAACUACCUGAAAAAUAUGCAAAACAGGUCAAACCAGUUGCUAAUAAAGCGCCUGAAAAAAGGAGGAAGAAAUCGAAAACGAGAGAAGACAAAAGGAAAGAUACCAGUCCUCUUUCAUACGAGAUGCUUGAUUAUGAUAUACCACGUCCGUCAUCCCUUAGACUGGUACUGCUUGAAUUCAUUGAUGAAGAAUAUUCUAAAAUAAGCGAAGCAAUCAAGGAUACUGAUGGUUUCUAUUCUCCUACACUAAGAGACACCAUUGUUUCUCUACCAGAUGACAGCACUGCUAAGAGAGACUGUGAGUCUUUCCUGAGACAGCUCAACACUCACCAUGUAUCUCUGGAGAGUAUAAUGAAACAGAUCCAUCAUGUAGAAGUGCCAACUGUUAGUCCUAAUCCUACUCUGUGUCAAGAUCAAAAGAGACUCUGCUAUAGUUUAGUCACAAAACUACAGGAGAUUGGUGAACAAAUCUCUCAAUUAAAUGAAUCAACCGGCCAGCUCCACACUGCUCUUUCCUCUUUAAUGUCUCAAGAGGAGAGUACAAACAUUCUUCUGCUUCAGUUUGAAUCAGAGCUCUUUGAAGUGAGUGUCCUUCAUCAUCGCUGCUGGUUGAAGCUACAGGAGAAGCUAAAAUUGUUGAAGAAUCUUGAAAGAGAUGUCACCAGUUUACAAGGAAGCAUUGAGAACCUCUCCAGCUUACUGGAGAGUGCACAAGCACUUUUAGCAAAGAGAGACAGCAUUAUGAAUGUACAGGACUACCUUGAUGAAUGCAAGGAGAUGCAUCAUAAAUUAGCACAGCAAUCCUUCACAAGACAAGAAGCUGCUUCAAGAAUACGUGGGAUUAUCCUCUCCUCUACUUCUCCUCCCUCCUCUUCCUCUUCCUCCUCUCUCUCCCCAACCUCUCCUCCAUCGGACUACAGUUUAAAGCUUUUAGAUCAGUUAAAGAGCAUAGAGACACAAUGGGUCAAUGUGAUACAUGAUCUCAUGAACAUGAGCAAAUUGGAGCCUGCACUCAUCAAGCAGAUGAUACAGAACAUAGCAAAAGAAUUGAAGCAAUUGGAAGCUGCUUUCCCUGAGCUUGAGUAUGGAGGGAUUGAUCUGGAGACUAUCAAAAAGACCCAAGAACUCUGUCAAGAUAAAAUAAAGACUUGUAAAGAAUUGGACAGAUCAGUGAGUGCAUUAAAGUCAAGAGUUGAAUAUCUACAAUCAGUUAAAGGAGACGAACACAUGUAUGAUCAUCCUCGUACCGUCACCACAACCCUCCCUCCCCCUCCCUCCUCCCCCCUCUCUCCCUUGUCACGCACAUCCUUUGAAUCUGAGACCCAUUCCUCCGACUCUACGGACUCGGUACCAAAAAAACGAAGGAGCAGUGUUGGUACGAUGCACUGUGAUAUGGUCUUUGACUAUGAGAAGGCGGUCAAGACGACCGGUAUACUGGUGGGUCUAGUGGAACGAAUCAUUAGUAGACUGGAGUCAAAGAAUGCCCUCUUUUGUGAGAGGAGUAGAUUGAUUGAACAGUUUUGGAAUGAAUCAUCAAUACUGAGUGAUUGGCUCAUCAAAAUGAGGCUGGAGCUGAAAGGAAAGAGAACAGGAGUGUCUGAUAAUAAUCAAUCUCUAAUAGAUGCUGUCACGGUUAGGAGGAGGUCGUUUGUUUCUUUAAAAGAACUUGCAAUGACUCUACUUGAUAUACAGACCUCUUCUCAUACUGAUAAGGAGUCAGUGAAGAGCAGAAGGGACAAAGUGGCCAAAGAAUGGCAGCUCUUAUUUCGUUCACUGCCACUCAACGUACAGGUAACACUUCGUGCUUUUGAUGAUGAUCCAAUGUCACAGAUCAAACCUCCCGAGAAAUUUGACGACAUUGGUCACAUGGUGGAAUGGUUGAUACUGGUCGAGUCAAAGAUGCAACCACGCCCACUCUCUGUUGGUGACACAUCCGACAUCAAGAGGGAAUUAGAAGAAUUAAACUCAUUGCAUAAAGAACUCUCGAACAAGAAAUCAGAGUAUCACCUCUUUAUGAAAUCCAGUCGUCAUAGCGACCACUCAGACUCCUCAGGUGGUUCCAGCCCCACCCAGUCUCGGGGGGAGAGCCCCCCUAAGACGGUAAAAUUUGUCGACGAGAACACAAUAGAGAGACACCAGAGGAGGAAACAGAUAGAGCAGGAUAAUAUACUGGAGACUAUAAUAUCAGAGGAUGAGCUGGAGGUGGAGUCAAAAAGAGGAAACAAUGAUGAUUCAUCAAGUUUACCUACAGUCGUAUCUCCAACACUAGAAGAAGCACAGCAACUGUCAAUGCUAUGGACAGGAGUGUGGAGCACAUUAAAGCAAAGGAAGCAGGCACUUGAGUCGGUCCAAGACAUUUGGUCUGGCUUUGAGUCCAAGAAGAUCAUGUGUGAAAAGUUUCUGGAGAGAUCAGAAGUGAUCCUAGUUGACAUGUAUGCUGGACUGAAGAAAGCAUUAACAGUUGAAGCACUCCAGAAAGAAAUGAUAGAAUUGAAGAGUUUGUGUGAAGAGACUGCUUUGUAUCAGAGCAAGAUAGGGACUCUCAAUGACUUAACGACUGAUUUGAUACAGAGACACAGAUCAAGCGAUAACGUUGAACCGCUUCAGGAAUCAAUGACCACGCUCAACGUGAAAUGGAAGAAAGUUAACGAAUGUUAUUUAAGGAACAAGUCCGCCAUUGAGCAGGUCACUACUGCCUGGGCCUCGUUCUAUCAACAGUUUUAUCCUUUAGCCGAGUUUGUGAGACAGUUAGAGACAGAGCUGAACAAUAUUAGUCCACAAAUUAAAGACAUGCUGACGAUAACCAGAACAGUCGAGAGACUAAAGUUAACUCAGAAGGAGUUAGUAGCUCGAAGUGGCUCUUUAGGUGUAGUUAAGCAAUGCAAUGUUAAGCUUCAGGAUGCUCUGGCCAAACAGCAUAUCACAGAACUGACAGUAGUUAACAGUGACAUAGAGUUAUUAGCAAAGAAAUGGAAAACACUGAAUAUAUUAGUGGAAGAGAAGUAUCAAAGUCUUGAGCAUGAUUUCUCGGAGAGGAGGGAGGUACUAGCAAUACUGACAAGAUGUGAAACUUGGACCAGACGAGCAGAAGAAUUCCUUAAAGGGCGGAGCCAACUAGUAGCUGACCUCUCCCACAUUAAAAUUCUAAUUGAUAAACAAAAAAGUUUUGAUGCUGAGCUCAGAGAGCGACAGAACCAGCUGUCAAUGGCUACAGCACGUGCUAGGCACAUGACGAAUAAUUUCACAUCUCCCAGCAACUUGACGGAGGAUAUGAAUGCAGAGGAAUUGAAGCAAUAUUUUGUUAGACUUGAGAGCAGUUUGGAGGAUAUAGGGGCUCUCAUUCUAAAAUGGAAAGAAGAAAUGGAUACCGUUUUAGGAGCAAUGGAUGAGUUUCAACUUCUCUCUACACAAUUAUCUCAAGGUAUUACAGAGAUACAGUCGAGUGUACCAGAUAAAGUCCAACCAUCAUCAACCCUCCCUCAACUGAAGCAAGAGCUGGAACACUGGCAGAAGAUAGAGGCCAACGCUAAUGGUCUAGGAAGAGUCCUAGAAGCAAUGGUUGCCUCACAAAAGAAAUUAAUGGGAAUUGGAGUCCAGUUGAAUACCGACUCAGUCCAACUGGUGAAGAAAUACCACACUCAAUGGAAUGCCCUUCGUAAAACUAUUGGCAACAUUCUAGUCACAGUGAAGACAGCAAUGGGGAAGUAUGAUCCAAAGAAUGUCACGACAAAUCUACCAAGAGGCUGGAUGAAGACAAAGACAUCGCAAGGGACGGCAUAUUACAUUGAUACAUUAUCAGGCAAUCAUGCCCAAUGGCAGCACCCCGAACUGUCAGAGCUCUACAGAAGCUUCAACAGUAAAUUCCAGUACAGUUUCUAUCCAUCCCCAGCUUAUCCAAUAUCACUAAGACUGAGGUGCAUCCAGAAACACAUACAAUUCGAGGGUCUUCCCACUCAAAUAGCAUUGGACACGUUUGAGUAUUAUGGUUUAAAACAAGAUCCAUACACUAAUCUCUCAUCGUCAGAGAUGAUUGAGAUAUCCCUCAGUCUCUUUCACAAGGCAGCCUCUCUUUCCUCUGGUGGCCCUGGUAUGGAGUCUGACGAGUUUGGAGGUGUCCACUCCUUAACCAGUAGAGCUAGCAUUGAUGUCAAUAGAGCAGUUGAACUAGCAGUUUCGUGGAUACAAGACGUUUUUGACUUAACUCACACUGGGUUUGUUAAUGCUCUUUCUUUCCAAGUUGCUAUUAUUUGUCUCUCGUCAACAAAGAUGGAUGAAAAGCACAAAGCAUUGUUCCAUGUAAUGUCAAGAGGGAGGACUACAGUUGAUCGUGUUGGCUUCCUCUCUUUCCUAGAAACACUUGUACAGAUCCCACAGAGUAUGACGGACAAUCAAUACUGCACAUUAGAUAAUCUUGAGGCUCAUGUCAAUGAUUGCUUCAAGAAGUAUGCUACAGGUAUUCAGUUACACAGUGUUGGGUAUAUGGCUUGGUCACAGGCUGAACCACUCCCAAUAGCUUGGUUACCUAUACUCCACAGAAUGGCAGCCGCUGAAACAAUGGAACAUAAUAUCAAGUGUUCUGUCUGUCGCUUGCCAUCUAUUAUUGGUUUCCGUUACAAGUGUCUGCAGUGUAGUAACUUUAACAUGUGUCAGGAAUGUUAUUGGUCUGGUAAGACAGGGAAAGAUCAUGACAGGUCAAAACAUUUCAUGGAAGAGUAUUGCAUUUCUCCUGACGAACGUGGAAACUUCUUCCGCACCCUUGGAAACAGAGGAAAAAAGAAAUCAUCAAUUCAACGCAAACCUGACCUAACUGCUUCUCUGGACACUGGCGGUUAUCAUCUUAAACCAAGUGUACAAGAGUAUCAUUCUCAUUCACUCAAGCGUGAAGCUUCUCCUUCGCUCAAUUCUCUCACAACUACUGCCUCCAGUAGCAGUGUAGGGGCACUAGAGAGAAGGGGCAGUCUCACUCAGUUAACGGCAGAUUCAAUCUCUCCCUCUCAAUCAAAUGACCUCACGUUAUUAGACGAUUCUGAUAAGAUCAAGAAACUCCGUCAUUACAUCAGAUUAGGGGACGAAAGAGGAGGAGGAGGAGGAGGGAUACCGGCCAGCCAUAGCUUUGACUUUGGUCGUGGGGCAUCUGCAAAUGAUUUAGCUCCACCUUUGCCUCCUCGUAACCUCAUAAAGAAGAGAAUACCAAGGAAUUCAGAAGUAACAGCUCCAGUAGUUUCGCCAUUGUCCUCAUCUCCUAACAGGUCACCAGUGCUGGCUCACACUGGCCUCCAUCAUGUGAAUAGACAGCCAUUCGACCAUCAGCACUAUCAGCUGAGAUCAUUAAAACAAUAGAAGAAUGUAUGCACACAUACACACACACUCUCUCUCUUUAUUCUAUCAUUUAUAGUAUUAAUAUGCAUUUAUCAAUGGGAGCCAUUAUCAUAUUACCAUUAUUAUUAUUAUCAUUAUUAUUAUUAUUAUUAUUAUUACUAUGUAUAAUUAUUCAUCAAUAUGUAUGGCAAUUUUAUAAGCAAUAAUAAUUGCAUUAUCGAUUGUGUUCAUUUUAGCUCCUAAGGCCCUCAUAUCACUGUGAUUAACAGACUUGUAUAUGUAUCAUACACGCUCUGAUUGUUCUUUUGAUUGUUGACUCUAUUUUUUACAUGUUCAACUUAAUAAUGUCCUAUUAUUAUUAUUUCAUAUCAUUGUUGUUUUGAUUAAUAAAGCUAUAUUGAGAAUCUUAAAA